GGUCCCUUAUCUUAGGGGUUGACCUGAAGACAAUAUGGACGGUAUCAGUUUGUUAGUUUUGAUUGGCACGCUAUCAGGGACCGUACUUGCCGACACAGAUCCCAUUCUACACUGUCGGUCGUGUAAACAUGUCGCGGACGGAGCAACUCCCUGUGUUUAUGUUACAGAGUGUACUAGUGAGUGUUACGUUUCCUCAUCAACCCCUACCUCUGGUGUUGUUACAAAAGACUAUGGAUGUGCUCCAAGACAAACAUGCUUGGCACCGGGUACCCCGAUAGGUCGACGACAAGCCAAACAGGCAUUAAAGACCACCUUCUGCAAGCAUGAGAUGUGUAACACAGACGUCAGUCGCUUCCAGGAGCCGGCCACUGAGCCUUGCGUUGAUGCUUCACCCUCAGAGUGCCACGAUCCUACCCACCUAGCCACAAUGUGUAGUGACUGCGAGUACGCUCAAUACUGCAGGAAGUCGUGUGGGUUGUGUCAGGAUAAUGGACACAAUGGCGUGUGGUACGAAAACGUGGUCCUUUUUGACUACGAUCCGGUCCACAAGACCUGCCGCCAUAGUUCUUCUGUCGACCCUUCUAUCUGCCAGAGUAUUACGCAACAGAACCACCACGUGUCUCCAGUAAUGGAAAACAACACCACUCUAAACCACGCCCACGCCAAACACGAUUACUUAAUCUUGGUCUAUUACGAAAGUUUCAUCAACCUCCACUUCAGAACCAACGGUGAGCGAAUCACCAAUCUACAGCUGAGCGCAUGUCAGACCACUGGCCACGGUAGAGUGGACAUCUUGUUGAACAACCAACCAAUCCAACAGUCGUACACCGGAACUGACGUAUGGAACCUGAGGUGGCAAAUCCAUAACUUGGAUUCACUGCACUUGAAUAACACGCGGGAGUUCGAUUUGAAAAUCCAGAAAGACAGUGCUACUCACAGCUACGGCCACUAUUGGAUCAGCCGAAUCAGAGUAGAAAGCACGAUUGCACAUCAUGUUCAUUAAUGUUGCUCCUAAUAAAAAACAUAACCAUUCAA